AUGCGCUGCCGCUGCGACGCGAUCGACAAUGUCAAGGCCAAGAUCCAGGAUAAGGAGUAUAGUAAGAAAGCAGCUGGUCUACUAUGCGCGGCCGCUACACGUAUACUCUGCAAGCCCGCGCCGGAGGUGGAGUCGACGUACAUGGUUGACAAUGUGAAGGCGAAGAUCCAGGAUAAGGACUAUAGUAAAGGAGUAUCAAGGUCGCCUUUGCAUCGCCGCGGUGCACCGCAUCCGCAAACCCAGAGCAUCGCAUCAUGA